ACAGAGUUCAGACUUCAGAGGUCUGUCUUUGGUAGAGUAAUCUGUUUCCUCUGAAUCCGCCAGGAAAAAACCACCGCUGCCACCGUCGAGAAUGGCUACAGUUUCUUAUUUCAACGGAUUACAAUUCAAAACUUUCAAUGUUUCCGUCCAGAAUUCAAAAUUCACAUCGAAAUCGUCUCUUUCUCCUGUAAAUUUAAUCAGUGUCUCGGCUAAAAUCGUGCCACAGAAUUCCAAUUUAAAAAAAGAAUUUACGAAGCCGAAGCCGAAAUUUUUGGUUCGAGCAGAGGUCGAUGAUGAGUGGGGUCCAGAAAAAGAGCCGGACGCAUCCGCUAUAGCAGUGGCAGAGGAGGAGGAGCCACCAAAGGAGCCUACUGAAAUUGACAUACUGAAGAAGCAAUUGGUGGACUCUUUCUAUGGAACAAACAGAGGUUUGACUGCUAGUACUGAGACGAGGGCUGAGAUUGUUGAGCUGAUCACGCAGCUUGAGGCGAAAAACCCGAAUCCGGCACCCACUGAGGCUUUGACCCGGCUCAACGGAAAAUGGAUUCUGGUGUACACAUCUUUCGUGGGUUUGUUUCCUUUGUUAUCAAGGGGAACACUGCCAUUGGUGACUCUUGAAGAGAUAUCACAGACAAUUGACUCGGAGAAAUUAACAGUCCAGAACUCUGUUGUCUUUGCUGGGCCCUUGGCAACCACUUCAAUAAGUACCAAUGCCAAAUUUGAAGUUCGAAGUCCCCAGCGUGUGCAGAUAAAGUUUGAAGAAGGAAUCAUAGGCACUCCUCAGCUGACCGAUUCCAUUGUAUUACCAGAAAAUGUAGAAUUUCUGGGACAGAAGAUUGAUCUCACACCCUUCAAAGGUUUGCUCAGUUCUGUUCAAGACACAGCUUCCUCUGUUGCAAAAACCAUUUCUACCCAGCCACCGCUGAAGUUUCCCAUUUCCGGUGCCAGGGCAGAAUCUUGGCUUCUAACAACAUACCUUGAUGAUGAUCUUCGGAUCUCGAGAGGAGAUGGUGGCAGUGUGUUUGUCCUUAUCAAGGAAGGCAGCGCCCUUUUGACUCAGUAGGCAUAUUACUAAUUUUCCAGUGAGGGCUUGUAGAAUUGUGUGUAAUAUUACAGGUGACUGGCAGUUAAAUACUGGUGUGUAACUGUAUUGACAUGUAUAAGACUUACAAGUAAACUGUGAACUGGAACUCCAAGGUUUGGCUAUGUAAUGAAAAAUGUGCGUGCAGCAUUGUGAAAAGUAAAUCUUCUUUAAUCAA